UCCCAAGUGGGGUCCGGGGCAUUUAGCCCGGGGGCAUUCAGAGAAGAGGGGCUCCUCCUGAGGUCCUGGAUCCUCAUUCCUCACGCUCCCUUAUCAUGAGCAUUGCUCCGGGGUCCCUGGCACCCAAUCCCAGAGCCCCGCCCCUCCCCGGAGGGGUCCGCACCCCUAUUUCGGGACCUCAGAACCUGAGAGAUCUUAAUCCUCUUUUAACCCUUCCACGCUGUGUCCAUUUUAGUUCUCCAAACAAUCUAUUCAGGUCUAAAUGUAGCCCAACUCUUCAUUCUGCGAUUCCGCGGUUCUGAGUCUCCGACUUCGUCAUCCUGGUCUGCAUGACUUUCUGAGAUUCUGAGUUUCGGUCCCCAGCUGCUGGAGGAGACCGGACUCUGGGUCCGCAGAGCCCGUGCGGGUGAUCCGCGACCCCGCGUGCAUGACCAAGCCCUCGGAGUGAUCACCGGAACGUCGGAGACCUCUCCGGCCACAAAGCCAGGCUCCUGAAGAUCUUUCUGGGGAAAGAGAACGAUGCCACUCUUCUUCCGGAAGCGAAAACCCAGCGAGGAGGCUCGGAAACGCCUGGAGUACCAGAUGUGCCUGGCAAAAGAAGCUGGAGCAGACGACAUUCUCGACAUCUCUAAAUGUGAGCUCUCAGAGAUUCCAUUUGGGGCUUUUGCAACAUGCAAAGUUCUACAGAAGAAGGUGUUGAUUGUCCAUACGAACCACCUCACUUCCCUACUUCCCAAAUCUUGCAGCCUCCUGAGCCUAGCAACCAUCAAGGUUCUGGAUCUCCAUGACAAUCAGCUGACAGCCCUUCCUGAUGACAUAGGGCAGCUGACAGCCCUGCAGGUAUUGAACAUGGAACGGAAUCAACUGGCAUAUCUCCCACGCUCCAUUGGGAACCUGAUCCAGCUUCAGACCCUCAAUGUGAAAGACAAUAAGCUGAAGGAGCUGCCUGACACCUUGGGGGAGCUGCGAAGCCUGCGUACUCUCGACAUCAGUGGAAAUGAAAUUCAGAGGUUGCCACAGAUGCUAGCGCAUGUUCGGACCCUGGAGACGCUGAGCCUCGACGCCUCAUCCAUGUUGUACCCCCCACAGGAGGUGUGUGGCGCUGGCACCGCGGCCAUACAGCAGUUCCUCUGCAAAGAGUCAGGGCUGGACUUUUACCCCCCUUCUCAGUACCUGCUACCAGUUCUGGAGCAAGAUGGAGCUGAGAACUCCCAGGACAGCCCUGAUGGGCCCAGAGACAGGUUCUCCAGGGAGGAGGUGGAGUGGCAGAAUAGGUUCUCCGACUAUGAGAAGCGGAAGGAGCAGAAGAUGCUGGAGAAGCUGGAGUUCGAGAGGCGCCUGGAGCUGGGGCAGCGAGAGCACGCCCAGCUGCUGCAGCAGAGCCACAGCCACAAGGACGAGAUCCUCCAGACGGUCAAGGAGGAACAGUCCCGGCUGGAGCAGGGCCUGAAUGAGCGCCAGCGCUACCUAGAUGCCGAGCGGCAGCGGCUGCAAAAGCAGCUGAAACAGACGGAGCAGAGCAUCGCCGGUCGCAUCCAGAAACUCCUGCAGGAUAACCAGAGACAAAAGAAAAGUUCGGAGAUUCUGAAGUCACUGGAAAACGAGAGAAUAAGAAUGGAGCAGUUGAUGGCCAUAACCCAGGAAGAGACGGAAAACCUGAGGCGCCGUGAGAUUGCCUCUGCCAUGCAACAGGUGCUGACCGAGAGCUGUAAGAGCCGCCUCAUCCAGAUGGCCUAUGAGUCCCAGAGGCAGAGCCUGGUCCAGCAGGCCUGUGCCAGCAUGGCUGAGAUGGACGAGCGCUUCCAGCAGAUUCUGUCCUGGCAGCAGAUGGAUCAGAACAAAGCCAUCAGCCAGAUCCUGCAGGAGAGUGCAAUGCAAAAGGCUGCGUUUGAGGCUCUCCAGGUGAAGAAAGACUUGAUGCAUCGGCAGAUCAGGAACCAGAUUAGGUUAAUAGAAACUGAGUUAUUGCAGCUGACACAGCUGGAGUUAAAGAGGAAGUCCCUGGACACAGAGGCACUGCAGGAAAUGGUCUCAGAGCAGCGCUGGGCACUCAGCUCUCUGCUCCAGCAGCUGCUCAAAGAAAAGAAGCAGCGGGAGGAAGAGCUGCGCACCAUCCUGACAGAGUUAGAAGCCAAAAGCGAAACGAAGCAGGAAAAUUACUGGCUCAUUCAGUAUCAACGACUUUUGAACCAGAAGCCCCUGUCCUUGAAGCUGCAGGAAGAAGGCAUGGAGCGCCAGCUGGUGGCCCUCCUGGUGGAACUGUCAGCUGAUCACUACCUGCCCAUCUUUGCCCAUCACCGCAUCUCAUUGGACAUGCUACGCCACAUGAGCCCAGAGGACCUGGCCAAGUUGGGUGUCUCAGAGGAUGGCCUGCAGCAUGAGAUCCUCCGGAGGGUCCAGGAUCUGCUGGAUGUGGCCAGGAUCCAGCCAGAGCUGAAACUACCCAAGGAUGAGGUCUUUGGGGUCCUGGAGCCCCCCACAACCCCUCAAGCCUCCGAAUCAGUGAGACCAUCAGCUCCCCCUGCGGAGCUGGAGGUGCAGGCCUCAGAGUGUGUUGUGUGCCUGGAACGGGAGGCCCAGAUGAUCUUCCUCACCUGCGGCCACGUCUGCUGCUGCCAGCAAUGCUGCCAGCCUCUGCACACCUGCCCGCUGUGCCGCCAGGAGAUCACCCAGCGCCUCCGGAUCUACCACAGCAGCUGAGCGCACAGCCAUCCACAGGUCCAGAUGCCACCCCGGCGCAGCCGCCACUACUGCAGACCCGGGGCUCCCAGUCACCCUCCCCCCCAGACUAGGGGGAGGCCAACCCCAGCCUUUCCCUACCGCCUGUGACCCCCUGCCUUGAGCUCCAAGCACAUCUGGGCCAGGUGGGGGCGCUCCUCAGCUGUGGCAUCACUGGACUCAACACUGAACAGGAGAGGGGGCAUGUCGCGGGUGGUGGGGCCCCUCGAGGCAUAGGGCCGGGGUUCAGAGUGGGGAGAGGUGCCUGUGCCACCAGAGACUCAGGAAUGAGCGUCCUAGCCAAGCUGUGGCUGCACUCCCUGCCAUCUGCCUCUCUCGGAGCGUACCAAGCUGUCCCUGGCCUGGGGUGAGGGACAUCUGGGGAGGGUGAUGAGCCAUGUAGGCCUCUGCCUGCCCCACUCCUACCCCUGCUGCUCCCUGUGCAUGCCCCGCUGGCUCUCCGCAUCUCCACCCUCGCCCUCACAGGCAGCUCAACUCAAAAAGCAGGAACAUCAAUAAA